AUGGCCCUCGCAAACACUGUUAGGGAUCAUCUAGUGAGCAGAUGGAUUCGCACACAACAGCACUAUUAUGAGAAAGAUCCCAAGAGAGUUUACUACCUUUCUCUUGAAUUCUAUAUGGGACGUACUCUAUCGAACACUAUGAUGAACCUUGGACUCCAGGCUACUGUUGAUGAAGCACUCUAUCAGCUCGGUUUGGAAAUUGAAGAAUUGCAAGAAAUCGAAGAAGACGCUGGACUCGGAAAUGGUGGUCUUGGUCGUCUUGCCGCUUGCUUCCUCGACUCAAUGGCUACCCUCGGUAUCCCAGCCUACGGCUACGGUCUACGAUACGAGUACGGUAUCUUCAAGCAACUCAUCAGAGACGGCUGGCAGGUAGAAGAGCCCGAUGACUGGCUCCGUUUUGGAAACCCAUGGGAAAAGGCUAGACCAGAGUACAUGCUGCCUGUUAACUUUUACGGCAAAGUAGUCAAGGAUUCGAAAGGAAAGGCGAGCUGGGUGGACACACAGGUUGUAUUCGCGAUGCCCUAUGACACCCCUGUUCCCGGUUAUCGUAACAAUGUUGUAAACACCCUUCGUUUGUGGAGCGCCAAGGCUGAGAAUCACUUCCACCUGAAAUUCUUCAACGAUGGUGACUACGUGCAAGCUGUUAUGGACCGCAACAACUCCGAAAACAUCACAAGAGUGUUGUAUCCUAAUGAUAAUGUACGUUUUCUUCUUUCCAAAAUCUUAUCAUUUAUCAAUUGA